AUGGAUGAAAUGAUUGAUCACCGAUUUGAGCGGGUCGAGAAGGCGCUUGCGGCCUUGAUCAACUCUAUUUCAACUUACAAUCCAUCACCUACACUUGCCAACGAUCUCGUAGCUGCCGAUGCUGGGCUGAACGAGGGGCUGGAACAAUUAUCAACUCACCAGUCCAACUACGCCAAGAUCCUCUCUCUACGCGCCAAUUCCCAAGAACUUGACGGUCAAAUCCGGGAUACUCUUACGCUCCUCACCACAACACGCAGCGCCUUGGUAUCAGUUGCAUCCACAAGCUUCCCCGACACCACAAACCCCAUAUCCUAUUCCGAAUUGCUGUCGUAUGCGCGACGCAUUAGCAAGUUCACUCUUCCAAGUACAUACAGAGAACCUGAGGCUCGGCCUGGCAGCGCCGAUGCGGGCUAUGCAACGAAUGCAAACACUCCAAAGGAAAGCAAAUCGGAGACUCAGACAAAUGGAUCCACGACGCCCGUUGGGGUCACCAAUGGCGUGGAUAUGGAUACUCAGAUGACCGUUGGUACAGCUAUGGAUAUUGAUAAUGGGAAUGGGAAUGGGACUCCAGCGGCUGGGGCACAGCAAACCUCGCAGGCUACCAAUGCAACGUCAAGUACCGCGUUGCCCAACGAAUUCUCACAAUGGCUAAAUCCAGCUGCUGAUCUCCCGUUUACACCAUGGCCCUCGGAAGAGACUAUUAGGAGAGGUGCGUUGGCCAGCCUACAGAUCUUGAUGGAUAAAGGGAUUGAUCCGGCGACAUUUGAUCCGGAGAAGAGCGCAGAGCUAGAGGCAGAACGCAAGCGGAUUAUGGAGGAGGAAGACAGAUUGAGAGAGGAAGAGAAAACGAGAAUUGAAGAGGAACGGCGACGAGAGAUGGAGAGGAGGGCCAGUAUCAGUGCAGGCUUGGGCGAAGAGCGGCGCGAGGAGAGACGCGAGGAGAAGCCCUCGGUAUUCCAGUUGGAGACUUUUGAUGAUGACGAUGAGGACUGA